GUGAGACUGGCGCAGCGCAGCACAGUAGAGAGAAGGGCAGAGACCGCGUGUCCUUGGAUGGUCAGUCGCCGGUCGCCGCGUGGGAGCAGCAGCAGUCUUCACGGAGUUUCCAGGAAGCCACACCUGACCCGCUGAGCACGGUCUCAACGGCUUGACCCUCGAAGGGCGGGUACCUCUCCUCACUCUUGUGGGCUUGUGGCGGCACGUCGGCGGCGGUGGCAGAGAAGUUUGACGGCAACAAAGGAGCCAUCCAUCCUUCGAGCCUGGCUCUUUGUGAAGGCUGCCAUGGCGCUGUGGACAGGGCUGGGUCAGGCGGCGACCGUGGCGCAGCUGGUCGGCGCGGACGUCGGGGGCCUCAUCUCCAUGAUCGUGCAGGCCGCGAUGACGGCCCGGCAGAACAGGUCCGAGUGCGAGCAGCUCGCGCGUCGGGCCCUCAUGAUCGCGCAGCUGCUGCCGCACGUGCAGGAGCCAGAGGCGGCGCAGCCGCUGGCCGGGCUGGGUGACACGCUCCGGGACGCCCACGAGCUCGUCGUGUCGUGCCAAGGGAGGAGCGCGGCGUAUCAGUUCAUCAUGGCUGGCAGGACAGCCGAAAAGUUCAGGGAGGUGCAGAGCAAGAUAGACUCCUACCUCAUCCUCUUCCCGGUGAUCAGCCACAUCGGCAUCACACGCCGCCUUGAGAGAAUCUACAAUGUCCUCGUCCCAGAUGACUCCACUAGAGAUGAACCGUCUUCAUUUCCACAGUCGUUGCAGCUGGAGGAGUCUACAGAGCUUGCUCAGGAGGUACUGCCGCACGGAACCCAGGAAUUCACGUUGGCGGAGAUCGUGGCUGCCACCAAUAACUUCGCCCCUAACACCGUGAUCGGUGAAGGCGGGUCCGGAAAGGUGUACAUGGGCAGGCUUUACGAUGGGCGAGCGGUGGCCAUCAAGAGCUUAAACAACUCGCAGUCGCAAUAUUUAGAGGAGUUUUGCACGGAGCUCGACAUCCUAUCACGGCUCCGGCACAAACACAUCAUCAGCCUCCUUGGAUCGUGUGUGACUGUGAGCAAGCCCAAGCGUCUGCUAGCCACCCCGCAAAAGAAAAAAAAGCGCCAGCUGACCUGGUGGAGAAAGGAGCCAGAAGAACCCGAAGAGUUGGAAGAGCUACAGAGGUUCAUUGUCUACGAGUACAUGGAGAACGGUACGCUCUUCGACCAGAUGCAUUCUGAUCAUGGCCCCUCCACGAUGUCGCCGGUGACGGGGUCCUGGAAGAUGCGCAUCGCUGUGCUCCUCGGCGUGUCACGCGCCAUCGAGCACUUACACUGUCAUGCCAACCCGCCAAUCAUCCACCGGGACAUCAAAUCGGCUAACAUCCUUUUUGACGCCAAUUGGGUGCCGCGUGUGUCAGACUUUGGCUUGUCGGUCGUCUGGGACAUUGCAAGUGAGGAGUCGGAAUUGAAAGUCGACCGGGUUGUAGGCACAUUUGGGUACUUCGCCCCUGAGUACGCCUUUUAUGGUCUUCUGAAGCCGGCAAGCGACGUGUACAGCCUGGGCGUGGUGAUGCUCGAGGUUCUGACAGGGAAAAGUGCAUAUUCUUUUUUUAUGAAUGAUGGGACAAAUGUACCUUUGACAGACUUCGCACUCCCCAUCAUUGAAGUCGGUAAUAUUGAGGAGUUGUUAGACAGGCGACCUGUACCGGAGCCAACGCCUUGGCAGCUGCAGGCGAUGAAACGUGUGGCGCAGAUUGCAUGCUGUUGCGGGAAGUUGGAUGCGAAGGACCGGCCGGCCAUAUCAGACAUCGUUGCCAACCUCGAGAUGGCGUACGAGUUGAUCUGCAGAGAUGAGCACGGUUCAGUUGACGAGCCAUGUUUGUGGCCCUUCGUCGAACAAGUUGACCUCCCAUCGGACUCACCACACUCCAGGAGCUCGUCAUGGGCAGGCUACCAUUCCGAGCUGGAAUCUGAGGUGCUGGAGGAGGGGCGUUGACAACAAUCGUUGAAGGCGUCCUCAGAAGGUGGUUCUCUUAAUACACUGAUGAAGGAGCAUUAUAACGCUUGUUGUUGCUGGCAGUUUUGGAAGAGCUUGGGAUGGACCUCCCAGUGUAGUUUCAGUUGGCUUCCUCACCACCCACCCUACUAUGCUUUCCCCAGCAGUUUAUUAGGAAAGGAACACACCCGCUUGAUGGUCACCACCUCACUUUGUUUUUUUUUUUUUUUUGCCUUGAGUUGCACAUAGUCACAGUAGUCCCACUUUGUUUGUGUAGCUUCUCUUUCAAAGCCAUUCAUACUGUAGCAGGCUCCGCAACGGGUCACAGGUGACCGUCAUGUGUUUCAAUCACCCGAUGAGCAUCCCGUUACUGCACAUAGGUAAUGCCCGCUUUUGGUAAAUCAAUGGGCGCUUGUUAGCUUCUUCACAACCAAUCCCACUAUAGUUUGCUUCUUCACAACCAACCCUACUUUGAUUUUCCCAGUGGCUUCUUAGGAAAGGAACAUGGGGUUGAUGGUAAGCACUGACUCUGUUUUUUCAGCACUUUCUUUUUGUAAUAUACUCCCUCCGUCCUUUUAGAGAUUUCAACACUGAUUACAUACGGAUGUAUAUAGACAUAUUUUAGAGUGUAGAUUCACUCAUCUUGCUUCGUAUGUAGUCCGUGUUGGAAUCUCUAAAGGGACUUAUAUUUAGGAACGGAGGGCCUGGAUUUGUUGAUUGAGUAUUUAAUUAGCUCUCUAGUUCGUUUGUUGGAUUUUUUUUUUCUGAAUUUCGGAGCCUGGAUCCAUUUGUACAACGUGAUGCUGAUCCAAUCCGAAAUAGCCAAACCUAUGUUUAACUCAUUUGGAAAUACAUGUGAGUGAAAUGUUCCAUCGAUGUCGUGGCUGGGGCCACUCAUGCAGAGGUUGGAGAACGGCUGAGGUCUUUCUUCCUCUCAAUGCAAGCAGUUUCUUUAGGAAAGAGAAAUGAUGAUGUCCAACUAUAUAUGUCGCUCUAGUUUAGAGAAGUCUGCUGUAGGAUGCACUGCGCAUGGAUUGAUUGAUGCUGGCAGUUUGGCCUGCUUUUGCCUUGGUUUUUCGCUGAGUUGCAGUUUUGUGUGCUGAAACCAUAAUGCAGAGUUAGCUGCGGCUGAAAACCUGGAGGUAGAGUUCCCCUUGAACUGUUUUUGGGUCAGGUUGUCUUGUCGGUUCAACGGUAUUUUCAUAUAUUAAUUAAAUAGAGUACGUGUAUACAAAUGAAGCAAGAUGCAAGAAUGGUUUAUCCAGUACCAGCCCUAGGUAACAUAUAAAUAUCAGAGUAAGAGAUCACAAAAAAGAGACACAAGCGUAACAGAUGGGUGUCAAGCCACUCGUUUAGACAGUCUGCAUUUUUGCCUUUAAUUCUAUGUCCCGGAAGGAUCAGAUCCUGCUUCGUUUCUUCCCCCGGUUUGUUAAAGAAACACAUUGGGUUGAUAAUCACCAUUGGAAUUUGUUUGUUUUAGCCCUUUUCUUGUGGUAGUUACUCUGUUUCUAGCCUAUGUCUCUUUUCGGUAAUUACUUUCCUUUUUUUUAAUCCUGGAUUUGCGCAUGUCAUGGGCACGGCACAGCACAGCACAGCAGGCCCACUUUGUUUGUGUAGUUUCUCUUUCAAAGUCAUUCAUGUGGUAGGCCCCAUCCUAGAUCGUUGAUAUUUCGUUAUAUUCAUCAUGGGAAGUCGGGAUUUUAGAUUAAAAUUUGAUUUUCGGAUCUAGUAUAAAUUUAGUGUGUCCGUGUGAUGGUAUAGCUAUGUCGCUGUAAGGUAGUGUGGCCGUAGUUUAGAAGCCUGAUAUAGUGUACUGUGUAUCAGUGUAUGGGUCGAUGUUGGCUGGGCAGUUUGUCCCGUUUUCUGUUUCUUUGUAGAGCUGCAGUUUUGUAUGCUGAAAGCCUGAAACUCAGAAACUGUAAUAAUUAGGUCGGAUCGGCAGGUCUUCGGGCACAGUUGGGUGCGGCAGAAAGCCUGGAGUAGAGUUCCCCUUGAACUGUUUAUGGAUCUGCUUAUCUUAUCAAUUUCAGUUGAAAUGAAUUAGGGGACUGAU